CUUCAACCACCGACUUGCUCAUCUUUUUACAUGGUAAUUAGUGUACGCAUUUGACUUGUUGAACAACAAUGCCCAAAAAUCUUUGCACCUUACAGAAUUGCCUCUAUAUAAAAUCAUAACUACUCUGAAUGAUCUCUCUAUACUAAGAAGAUCUUCUUGUUAUUCCUUUUGUGGCGUUUGUUAAUUAUCACACGUCCAAAUAAAUUUAGAAAUAAAAAAUGCUUAGCUCUAGUUGGAACCUCUCCAUUUUUUCUUCUCUUUUUGGAAUUCUCAUUCUCUGCAUUCCUUGUUUCUCUGAGAAAGCCCCAUAUUACACGUUUGCCAGGGACGCUACAUCAGCUCCAGAGGUGGUUUUCUUCGAUUAUAUCGUUAUAGGAGGAGGAACUUCUGGUUGUGCAUUAGCAGCAACUCUCUCACAAGCUUCCAAUGUUCUGUUGUUAGAAAGAGGUGGCUUGCCAUAUGGAAAUCCGAACAUCACAAACAUUAAUGGUUUCACCAGAAAUUUAGCGGACACUUCUCCGUCAUCUCCCUCGCAACUCUUCAUCUCUACCGAUGGUGUAUUCAACCACCGCGCCCGCGUCUUAGGUGGCGGCUCAGCCAUUAAUGCCGGAUUCUUUUCGCGGGCCAGCAACGAGUACGUUAAGAGAAUGGGAUGGAAUCCGGAGGUAGUGAAUGAUUCGUACGAAUGGGUCGAAGAGAAAGUGGCGUUUCGGCCUCAGAUAAAUCAGUGGCAAUCGGCAGUGAGAAAUGGUUUGUUGGAGGUAGGAGUGAGACCAUAUAAUGGUUUUACAUAUGAACAUUUGGAUGGGACUAAAGUUGGCGGAAGCAUUUUUGAUCAACAAGGACAUAGGCAUACUGCUGCUGAUUUGUUAGAGUAUGCUGAUCCUAUCAAAAUUAGUGUUUAUUUGUAUGCCACUGUGGAACAGAUUGUAUUCAGAACAAGAGGAGGAAAGAAGCCAAGAGCAUAUGGAGUUCGUUUUCAGGAUUCAGAAGGUAAUAGCCACUUGGCCUUCUUGAACAGGGGCUCCAAGAAUGAGGUCCUCCUGUCAGCUGGAGCGUUAGGAAGUCCACAAAUGUUGAUGUUGAGUGGUAUUGGGCCAAUAAGACAAUUGAAUGCCCAUGAGAUCAAUGUAUUAGUGGAUCAGCCCAUGGUUGGAAUGGGUAUGUCUGAUAACCCAAUGAAUGCUGUUUUUGUUCCGUCUCCUAACCCUGUUGAAGUUUCCCUCAUUCAAGUGGUUGGUAUUACUGGGUUCAAAAGUUACAUCGAAGCCGCCAGUGGGCCUUUGGAGUUAGAUUGGAUGCGCAGAAUGGCUCAUGAUUUUACUAGGGUAGCUAAUCAGACUAUGGACUCAUUCAAGAUACCUUCAGUCAUAACUAUACCUGGGAUCAACCCACACCUUCUACACUCCCCAAUGCAAGCAGGGCUUAUCCUAGAAAAAGUCGCAGGACCAUACUCAACAGGUUUUCUUGAGCUUGCAAGCAAAGACCCAAAUGAAAAUCCAGUAGUAACUUUCAACUACUUCAAAGAUGCUAGAGACCUACAAAGAUGUGUCCAUGGCAUGAGAACAGUAGCAGAGGUCAUUGACUCAACAUCUUUUUCCAAUUUCAGAUAUCCUUUGACAACAUCACAAGCCUUAAUGAAUACAAUGUUAACAUUUCCACUCAACUUGCGGCCAAAACAUUUGACUGCCUCUGUUUCCUUUGAGCAAUUCUGUAUUGACACAGUAAUGACCAUAUGGCAUUACCAUGGAGGCUGUCAAGUUGGAAAAGUGGUUGAUGGAGAUUACAAAGUUUUUGGGGUUGACGGAUUAAGAGUUAUUGAUGGAUCCACAUUUAUUGAGUCCCCUGGCACUAAUCCUCAAGCCACUGUCAUGAUGCUCGGAAGGUACAUGGGGCAAAAGAUUUUGGGUGAUAGGCUUGCUGGCCGAAGGAAUUAGAAGAUGUAUGCAAUAACUUGUUUUGGGGAAGAAAAUGUUAGAUUUAUCAAUUUGUGUGUAUGUUUUCUUUAAUUGUAUUUGGACAACUUCAAUAAAAUUUUCGCUGCAAUUCUUUAGUUUUAUCAAA